GAAAGCUGAAAGACCAUGCAAAUAUUUUCUAUAGUUUUAUUUUUUUCAACGUGAACAUAAAACAAAAAAUGAUUAAAUAUGUUAAUAAAUAAAUACAGAAAGGCGGGGCGAGACAGUAGAAAAAAUAUAGCAUGCCAAUAGGAGCAUGUCUAUAAAUGGCACAAGCAGGACACGUAUACCUCAAGUGUAUUAUUUAAGUGUCUUCUUACUGACGUAUGAAGACACUUUUUGAAUAGGUAUAGUCGUAUGACUAACUAAUCAUGUGAGAAGUUUAGUGAAAAUACCGGAGGCGCUGUUCAUUUAAUUGAUUAAAAAUUCAAAAAUUAAGUCGGGACAUAUAAAUUGCUGGUAAACUUACAUGUUUUCAUUAAUGAGUGAACAGAAAGUUAACAUUUACAGCUUCACGGUACUUGACAAGAUUUUUCAACAAUAAAGUUUACUAACGUAAUAAGCUGGAUUUUUUAAUGGCUAUAUUUUGUCUCACAUUUAUUGAUUCGAUAUUUCUAAACAAUAUGCAUUGUAAACGUGACUGUGUAUCGAGUCGAAAUGUGUUUUGAAUUAUUUUGUGAAAAACAACGACGGAAAAACUUCGGUGGAAUAUAUUAGCCAAUUAGUAAUGUCGGGGACCGAAGCUGAACCGUUGUUUGCCCUGUUGGAGCUCAUGCUCCGGACCUUUACGGCAAAUACAGGGCCUAAAAUAAAACCAGGCGGGCAUCCGGAAGAUAUCUUUGUAUGUUUGAAUGAUGAAGAAAAGGAGGAAAUAGAAUGCAGACUAUGCUACCGAAUCCUAAAAGAUGUUCGCCAGUGUCAAAACAAACAUGCAUUUUGUUAUUCUUGUAUUUUCGUCUGGUCUACCAGUGGAAAUCCAAUCAACCGCAGCCUAUGUCCUGUGUGCAGCGUCGAGGGACUAUAUGUUAGAAACACUGCAUUAGAUGAAAGAAUAAAUGCCAAAAUAGUAAAAUGUUCUAAGAACAAAUGUAAAUGGAACGGCCCACUUGAAGGUCUAUCUUCACAUCAACACACGAAAUAUUCAGAAGACACUCGUGUGUCAUCAACAGAACUUCCGGUUGUUGCAAAUAGUCCUGCACCAACGCCGGUGUCUAAUUCAAGGAGCCGCUCACGCGCAGGUUCUUCACAAAUAUCAUCUACGCCAUCAUCGCAGACAUCAGUUAAUUCUAGACCAAAUGCCCAGAGGCAGCUUUUAGGAACACAAUCCUUGAAUAAUAGCAACAAUGCACAAACAAACAGCAGGACCAGUCAACGUGCCAAUGGACAAACAACAACGCGCUCAAGAACGCGUAGCAGACACCGCCAAAAUACUUCUCCGCACCAACGUCGGUCAAACAUUUCGGCUACAGGUCUGACUAAUCGGCUUACAUCUCGCGCAAGAAUACAAAACAAUGGAACAAUAGACAAAAGAACAAUGAAUGGCCAAUCAACAACGCGUAAUUUAGUUUCUACAGCAGACGAAAACCAAAAUCCUGUUGUAGAGCAAGCAACAACGGAAACAGUACAUGUUCCACACCCACCGACGACACCCCGCUCCUCAACAAUCACUCCGCGUCCUUCACAAACACCCCGGCGUCUACCAACGUUACCAAACUUGCUACCUCUCAACAGUAGCAGCAGCAAAAGUAACAACAACAACAACAAUGAUAAUUCCAACAGUGCCACUAACAGUCAAACCACAAAUACAGAUAAUAACAAUAAUUUAAGACCUACAGUGCCUUCAUCUUUUAAUGACAUUGCUGAGACCCAACGUCGAUUCACUCUUAAAGCGUCGUCCAUUCGGCGACCAUCUCAGCCGCGCUCUUUCGGGAUAAUUCGCGAACGGUUAAAUGAAAGUCGCCAACGUUUGGACAGACUUAUGAACGUGUUUUCAGUAGAACUUGACAGAGGGCACCAAGAUCCGACUUCAUUCCAAGAAGAACGCGAACGCAGACGACAGGAGCAGUUGGCGGAGGUUCGUGACCUCGGCAGACGACUAACACAAGUUGCGACAGAAUUGCGCGGACUGUUGUCGCAGAGACGCCAAAUAAGAACUCAGAUGGACAAUCUCUUAGAAUCUGCAUCAGACGAUCAGGAUGAAUGAGUUGUGUGACCUGUGAUAUAAUGACUAUUACAUUACAAGAAUUAUUAUUAGUUAAAGCUGUAAAAAGAUAAAAGAAAACAAAUGUUGCUCCAACUCGUUCUACUUUCUAAGAAAGUAGACUUACGGUGAGAUCUUUUUAAAUAUAAAUUUGUCAUCACACAUACAUUGGUAUCUUAUGUAAAGCUUUCAUCUGGCAAGAAUGUAAAAUUCCAGGUGUAUACGAGCUAAAUAUCAAUCUUACAAUUUUCAUGAAUAUCAUUUGUUUUUUAUUUAUUUCAUUUUUGGUUAAGAAAAAUGUAAUUUUAAUCAGUAUAAGUAUAAAAAGUACCAGUCAACAGCCGCAAAUUUAGUUUUAGUUUUAGUUCUAAAACAGUGUUAAUAUUGUUGAUAAUAAUAUUGACUAUACCUCUGGUCGUUAGAAAAUAAGGAACUAAGCUCGUUCAUUAUGGGUAAAAAAAAUCUUUAUUAAUGUUAUUUUACAUUGUACAAAAAGUACAUUCCUUUCCUUUUCAAUAUAGAUUGAUAUUAUUGUAACUUCAAGGACAUACAUAAUUAUUAUAACAUUACAUUUUCUAUGUAUAUCCUUUGUAUGGGUCGCAAAAUAUGUUUUGUUUACAGUUAUAUAGUUCAGACAAAUUACUUUUUGUGCAGCCGGCUGGUUAAAUCUUGAAUAAUCGACGAAUGGGAUAUGAUAUUUACUUUCUUUAUCGCUCGUUGAUCAAUAAUAUCGUCUCUAUGAUAAGUGUUGUAAAGCGUUUUGUUGAAAUUACAACACAUUAUGCCUGUAUUGUUUACAUAGCUUGAAAAUUAAUUAUUCUCUCCAUGGUUGCGUCAUCAACUGAUAAAUGCACAUUUUUUUUAAAUAAUGUAAACACUCGUUAUUAAAAAUACAUGAAAUUAUGAAAUUUAAAAGAUCAGGAUUUUUAGCUUAUAGUGCUUUAAUCAAUAAGUAUAGAGUAUUUUUUUCAUACUAAUGUAAACAGUAACACAUAUUGUAUUUAAAAAAAAAUAUGUACAUGUAUGUAAUUUGAUUCGAAACGAACCGGAAUUUAUCUUUUAUGUAUUUGUUUUACGCAGACCCUAUUUACGUUUUUGAUUAUAUAAAUCCAUCAUUAAACUAAAUUUUGGAAUUAAGUACAGAUGUACUGUAAUUUGGCACUUUGUAUGGAAUUUAAAUACCAUUUUGUUUACAUUUCACUACUUUUAUGAAAAAAUUAUUUCACAUUCAGCCUGAUAAUCGUAAUCUGUUAUUGUAAAGAGUAUUUCUGAAAAUCAAUGUGCCUUAAAUUGAAAAAAAAAAAAAACAACAAACAACAGAAAGAGUAUACAGCAAUUUUAGGACACGACAAUUGUCUCAGAAUGAAAAGGGUUAAAAAAGUAAAUUUGUAAAUAUGAUAUAAAAUACUUGCACAUUUUAGUGUUACUCUUGCACAUUUUAGUGUUACUCUGUUUCAAUUUUAGAUUUAAUUUUGUAUUGAAAUUUGUCGUCUGUUGUAAUUUUUCAGAAUCCAGUAAAUCAUACUGUUUCAAAACGUAACUUAAAUGCGAGGGGGGAAAGAACAUUGGUUUAACAAGUCCUUCCUCAAAUUAAGGUGCCGGAUGACCAAGGCCCAUAUAAAGUUUUUUGUUUGUUUCCAUGUAAACAUUGUAUUGUCCAAUCAUGGCUUUCCAUUUGGUUACGCAAUUACUAUGACAUAAUAUUAUUAUAAGAUGACAUUUUAACAUUUAUUUCUUGAAAGUAAAGGGGUCUGAAUCGCGUUUGUCACUGUAUUACGAGAUACAUACAUGCUAUAGCAAUGAACAUUUUUUUAUUUUUGGUUCAGAGGUAUGGAUAAUAAAAAAACAUUUUGAAUUUGUAUCAGUACACUAAAAACAAUUUUAGAUAAAUUAUAAAAGUGGCAUUUUUGUGGUGAUUAAUGGGCCUUUAAAAGUGCUCUAUAUUUCGGUUAUUAUUGUUUAACAUGCUUUAGAGGUAUUAUCUAUUAACACUGCAAUUGUUAUUGGUUAUGCAUUUUAUAUAAAUGUUUAGUUUUACCACAAGGUCCGACCUUUUCAUCAUCAGGGAGUGUGAUUUUUUCUAUGGACAUUUUAUCAUCUCAGGAAACUGUUCCCUUCUUGACAUCAAAAAUUGAGUGCAUAGUCAUUGACCAAUAUGUGCCAUGAAUUAAUUCUUGCUGCUAGUAUAUGGUUUCAAUUUAACACAUAUAGUCUCAUUAUGAAUAUAGGCCUACUAAAUGUUAAAGAAAUUCCACUUAAGUACAAAAGCCUGAAAAUGUAAAAAUUUAUUUUCUUACAUUGAUCAUCAGCAUGGGGCAGUUUUAAACAGAAAGACAUACAAAAAAGAUAAUUAAGAAACAUAUACAUAUAUACUCGGAAUUAAGUUGAAAAUCGUAUUGUGUCUUUUCUUAGCACGAUUUUAGGGAAAAACGUUGUAGCGCUUAUCAAUUUCUGGCACUAUAAAAUUUCAAUUUCUCACAAUUUAAAUAAUUAUUCUGGAAAAAAAGAGUGGCUGAACGAUCACAUGUUAGUGGUCUAGACCGACAUCAAGUUAAAUAUUAGACCGCUAAUCUUGAAAAAAAAUAUUUCCAGUCCCGUCAUGUCAAAAAAAACUUCUUUGGGGUUCCUUUAAUAUUGGAUUAUUAGAAUAUACAUUCAGGUUGUGUUUAUGUGUGAUAAAUUUCGAAUACUCGUUAAGUAAAGUCACUGCUGAUCUGUUAAAAGUAUUUGAAUAAGGUAGCCUCCCCUUAAUAAUACAGAUGGUGAUAAAUUAUAAAGGAAGGUAAUUUAUGUUAAUUAUCUUGUAUAUUUUCUGUGAUAUUUAUCUAAUCGUUCAAAUUUGCACAUUUCUUUUUUGUUGUCACUUUGGCUAUAUAUAGAAAUUGUGAAAUAAAAUAUUUCAUAAAUAAUUA